AUGAAAGUAGCCGGGCUGAUUUCAUUACUGAGCUUACUAUCAUGUCUCGAAGCAGCACCAUCGCCGGGUCAUCCUCCCAAGAAGGGCUUUAGCUUUUCUAAAAUUAACAAGAUUGUUUCCUUUGGCAACUCAUGGACGGACACUCGCUUCGACAUAUCGGGCCAACAACCCUCUGCCUCUAACCCAAUAGGAAACACGGGCAAGACAAGCUCCAAUGGCAAAAUGUGGCCGAUGUACCUGACCACGCAAUACAACGCAUCCUCCAUUCAGCUCUACAACAUGGCUGUGGGUGGUGCAGUGGUUGACAAAGAUAUCGUCACGACUGGCCCAAAUGAUGUUGAUACGCAAGUCCACGAAAAGCUACAGAUCUAUGUAAACCAGCAGCCAACCCUUUUUUCGCCAAAAGAAACACUUUGGACCAUCUUUAUAGGCAUCAACGAUAUAUACCGGACUAUAAAUGAGGAUGAUCAAGAAGAGACUAUCGUCGCAAUAAUCGCGCGUAUUCGCCAGCUCACUCUUGACUUGUAUAGCUAUGGCGCUCGGCAGUUUCUCUUUGUCUCAACGCCUCCGCAAUCUCUAUUCCCAAACAACAGGCCCAAAGACAUCGCACCCAAACUCGAAGCUGCUAGCGAAAGUUGGAAUAAGAAAUUAAAGAAGCUCGUCCGUAACUUGGAUCAUAAGCUCAAGCACAGUACCUUUUUCUUUUUUGACAUUGUUCCUCUUAUCACAGCUGUCACAGAGGACCCUUCACAAUUUCCUGAAACAGCCAUUUACAAGAGCAACGCCUUUUGCGCAGACUAUAAAACAGGAACGUCUGUACCAGAUUUCAAGUCGGAGACAUGCGAGUUCAAUGCAUCGGAGUAUAUGUACAUCGACGGGGCGCAUCCAACACAAGCAUUUCAUCAAAUACUUGCCAAAAAGAUUUCAGAGCAACUUUCAGCAGGUUCUUCUAUCAGCUAG